AUGAACGAAAGUAAAAAGUUGGACAUCAUUCGGAGCAUGCUGCACACCCUGCUGGGGGACCCGGAGAAAGAAAGGAAAGACGACGAUGAUGUGGGGGAGGAGGAGGAAGGGGAAGGCGCACCAGAUGGAAAUAACAAUCCACACCACUUCGCCCCACGAGGGGACCAUCGCAACGUUUGCAAUGCCACAGAGAAGGAGAAAAAAGAAAAAAAAAAUUUGAAAAAAAAAUAUGUAGAGAAAUCCAAAAAAGUCAUAUCUUUUUACAGAAAAUAUAUGAACAAGUCAGAACAAAAAGAGCUGGAAAAAUACGCCAAUCUGUAUGACAUCGUUUUAAAUAAUUCCUUCGAACAAACAGAAAGGGACAGCAUAGACACGUAUAUGUAUUGCAAUGUCUUCCCCAUGUUAAAGAAAACGUUUGACGCGUUCGUUAUCUAUGUAGCUAAAUUGAAUGAACAUAAAAAUGAUGAAAGUUACAAACAGGUAAUAAAAAAUUUCGACCCAAUUGCACUGUUUUCACAGUAUAUUAUACGCUUGACGGAUGAGGACUUUUCCCAAAGUGAUAAGGACGACACGCUGUUUGAAGAGGAACUUUCUGGGGGGUUCUCCGCAGGGGGAAGUUUCCAAAAAAAGGGGACACUCCAAUUGGACAAGCUUAUCCAUGACGAGUGCUUCGUUACCACUGGUGAGGUGUCCACUGAUGGGAAAAAAAAAGACGCAGAAAUGACCCAAGUUGAAAAAGAAAUAAACGAUUUUUACAGCAACUAUGACUUAGUCGCGGAAGAGAACAAACUGAAGAGGACGCAAAAAAGGAGGGAAAUUUUGAAAUCCAUUUAUAGCAAGAAAAACGUCUUAUCAGCUGAAGAAAUAGCCUUAUAUAAUGCCUACUAUGAGGAGCGUAUAAAGGUGAGGGGCAAGAAGGUGCUGGCUGGCAGGCGCGACUCGUCGCUCAGCCUGAACUUCGCUGCGACGAACUCGUUUGGCAACGUCGAUGCGGCGCCCAGCGCGUUUAACAUAACGCUCGAAUUGGAGGGGCCGCGCGGGGGGGGAAGUGGCGACAUAAACGGUGGGAGAAGUGGCGAUGCGAACGAGGGGAGAAGCGGCAAUGCUAAACCGCAGAAACGCCCAAAGGAGGACCCCCCGGGCGAUGACCUCCCAAAUGUAGAGGACGAAAACCUAGACGAACUAAUCAAACAGCUGGAGAGAAGAGAAAGCUCCUACUUCGAAAAGAGGGUCCAUUUUGUGCUAGACAAAUGGGUGCGAGAAGAAGAAGGGCGCAGACUCAUAAUCAACCAGAAGGACAAAAUCAAACCCAUCUUCGAAGAAUUUAAAAAGAAAAAUUACACCAUCACAGAUAAAGACAUCAUUCCAUUGCUAUUCUUUAUAGACAAAAAAUUAUUCCUAAAUUAUACCCUCGUACACCAAUAUAAUUUUAACAAUUUCCACUACGUAUUUUAUUUGCACUCAUCUUUUUACUGUUCAGAUACGAACAGCAUCACUUUUGAAGAGGUGUGGAGCUUCCUCGUUUCUAACUUGCCUCUAAAUUUCCACUUAUAUAAGGAGGACAUUUUACUUGGGCUGGAGAAAUUUUACAGAAAAAAAAAAAUGAUUAGAAACUUUCAGUUCACCAUCACCUUUGUGAGGAACUUCCUGCUCUUCCUUCUGAUGGACAUGUUUUUAUUCCUUUCCCCCGGGAGUUGCGUCGCCAGCAAGUUGGGCCUGUCGGGGGGAGUGUCCUCCUUGGCGGAAGUGGGCUCCUUGGGGGCCUUUCCCUAG